AUGGCGGUCGACAUCUCCGCGCUGUCACAGAUGCAGAUAGGCGUCUUCUUCCAGCGUAACGCUCCUGUCUCGCAGACGCAAUGCAACGACAAAGCGCGUGAUAUGACAGGCAAGCUCGUUACCCCAACCGCUUGCCAGGGCGGAAAUAGCUAUACUGUCGACGCGGGCCAAGUCAUCGUCCAGUUCCGAGCUCCAGAUUCGCCCUUGGACAUGAUGUUGAUGAAGAGCAUCGAGCAAGCAUACCCGGGCUUCACGCCACAGCACAAACACCAUGAUCUGUUUUAUCACCUCCAUGUCUACACCAUGAACAACAUUGGUGGCGUUUCCAUGUACCUUGUCCGAGAUCUCUUAUACAAGAACAAUUAUGCGCUCCUCCAAAACACCAUAGACAACUACGCACGUUUCUUCGCCUCGGCGUUUCACCACACGCCUGAGUCGAUGAGCGGACCAGAUCGUGGGCAGCUCCUUCAGCAAUACUCCUCGCAACUCCAACGGCUGCGUAAGGGGCUCCCCCAGCGUUUUCACGCAACGCUGGACACUCUGAUCCCCCAGCUGCCGACCGUCUUUGACGCGGACUGGCCACUGGUUCCCAACCAUACCGACCUCCUGGAGAACAACAUACACGUGGACCCCACGACGGGCAAGAUAGCGGGCAUCUGUGAUUGGGGAGAUGCAGAGGUCAGCCCCUUUGGCAUGUCUCUGGGCGGGCUCGAGACGAUGCUUGGGAUCCGGACGAUGAAUGAGCACGGUUGGAGCUACUUCCCCAAGCAUGCCGAGCUCCGAGAGCAGUUCUGGGCUGUGUUCUACCACUGCCUUGGGGGAGCAGUAUCCGAGGCGCUGAAGCAGCGUGUCGAAGUUGCGAGGUUAACUGGCCUCUUCCUGGCCAAUGGCUUCGUGCAGGACGGAGAUGGCAAUUUGAACCCAGCCACGGAGGAGUCCCUGGACUUGCGCUAUCUCAGGGCUGUUGUCUUGGGGCUUUAA